AUGCAUCCGCGGGGGGAGGCGCGAUGCAACGACAGGGGGAGGCAUGAUGCGAAGACAGGGGGAGGCGAGAUGCGAAGACAGGGGGAGGCGAGAUGCAAGGACAGUGGGAGGCGCGAUGCGAAGACAGGGGGACUCGAGACGCAAAGACAGGGGGCGGCGCGAUGCGAAGACAGGGUGAGGCGAGAUGCAAAGACAGAGGGAGGCGAGAUGCGAAGACAGGGGGAGGCGAGAUGCCAAGACAGGGGGCGGCGAGAUGCAAAGACAGAGGGAGGCGAGAUGCGAAGACAUGGGGAGGCGAGAUGCGAAGACAGGGGGAGGCGAGAUGCCAAGACAGGGGGCGGCGAGAUGCAAAGACAGGAGGAGGCGAGAUGCAAAGACAGGGGGCGGCGCUUCAGGGAAGACAGGGGGAGGCGAGAUGCAGAGACAGGGGGAGGCGAAAUGCGAAGACAUGGGGAGGCUAGAUGCGAAGACAGGGUGUUGAGGGAUGUGGAGACAUGCGAACACGUGAAGGCAUCAUCUCCCUUUCCCCCCCCCCCCCCCCUCCCCGCCAUCACCUCCGUUCCCCCACGCCAUCUCAUCCCUUCCUCCCCUAACAAGCUCUCCCUUCCCCCCCUGCCAUUCCCUCCCUUUCCCGCACGCUCAUUCCGCGCACCAUUUUAUACCUUCGACAGCGACUUCGUACUCCACCUCACCGUGACGCCCUUAUAUCCUUCCUCCCCAUGUCCUUCUCCUCCUUUCCCCCUGUCCUUCUCCUCCUUUCCCCCUAUCCUUCUCCUCCUUUCCCCCUGUCCUUCUCCCCCUCUCCCCUUGUCCGUCUCCUCCUUUCCCCCUGUCGUUCUCCCCCUCUCCCCCUGUCCUUCUCCUCCUUUCCCCCUGUCCUUCUCCCCCUCACCCCCUGUCCUUCUCCUUGUACCCUGUCCUUCUCCCCCUCUCCCCCUGUCCUUCUCCUCCUUUCCCCCUGUCCUUCUCCCCCUCUCCCCCUGUCCUUCUCCCCCUCUCCCCCUGUCCUUCUCCUCCUUUCCCCCUGUCCUUCUCCUUUCACCCUGUCCUUCUCCCCCUUUCCCCAUGUCCUUCUCCCCCUCUCCCCCUGUCCUUCUCCUCCCUUUCCCCCUGUCCUUCUCCCCCUUUCCCCCUGUCCUUCCCUCCCUCUCCUCCUGUUCUUCUCAGCUCCCUUCCCCCCUGUCCUCCUUCCCCCUGUCCUUCUCCCCCUCUCCCCCUGUCCUUCUCUCCCUUCCCUCCAGUUCUUCUCAUCUCCCUCUCCCCCUGUCCUUCUCCUCCUUUCCCCCUGUCCUUCUCCCCCUCUCCCCUUGUCCGUCUCCUCCUUUCCCCCUGUCGUUCUCCCCCUCUCCCCCUGUCCUUCUCCUCCUUUCCCCCUGUCCUUCUCCCCCUCUCCCCCUGUCCUUCUCCUCCUUUCCCCCUGUCCUUUUCCUUUCUCCCCCUGUCCUUCUCCCCCUCUCCCCCUGUCCUUCUCCUCCUUUCCCCCUGUCCUUCUCCCCCUUUCCCCAUGUCCUUCUCCUCCCUUUCCCCCUGUCCUUCUCCCCCUUUCCCCCUGUCCUUCCCUCCCUUUCCUCCUGUUCUUCUCAGCUCCCUUCCCCCCUGUCCUCCUUCCCCCUGUCCUUCUCCCCCUCUCCCCCUGUCCUUCUCUCCCUUCCCUCCAGUUCUUCUCAUCUCCCUCUCCCCCUGUCCUUCUCCUCCUUUCCCCCUGUCCUUCUCCCCCUCUCCCCUUGUCCGUCUCCUCCUUUCCCCCUGUCGUUCUCCCCCUCUCCCCCUGUCCUUCUCCUCCUUUCUCCCUGUCCUUCUCCCCCUCUCCCCCUGUCCUUCUCCUCCUUUCCCCCUGUCCUUCUCCCCCUCUCCCCCUGUCCUUCUCCUCCUUUCCCCCUGUCCUUUUCCUUUCUCCCCCUGUCCUUCUCCCCCUCUCCCCCUGUCCUUCUCCUCCUUUCCCCCUGUCCUUCUCCCCCUUUCCCCAUGUCCUUCUCCCCCUCUCCCCCUGUCCUUCUCCUCCCUUUCCCCCUGUCCUUCUCCCCCUUUCCCCCUGUCCUUCCCUCCCUCUCCUCCUGUUCUUCUCAGCUCCCUUCCCCCCUGUCCUCCUUCCCCCUGUCCUUCUCCCCCUCUCCCCCUUUCCUUCUCUCCCUUCCCUCCAGUUCUUCUCAUCUCCCUCGCCCCCUGUCCUUCCCGCACUUUCUCCCAUGUCUUUCCCCCCAUUUCCCCCUGUCUGUGUCCCCCUUUCCCCAUGUCCUUCUCCCCCUCUCCCCCUGUCCUUCUCCUCCUUUCCCCCUGUCCUUCACCACCUUUCACCCAGACCUUCUCCCCCUUUCCCCAUGUCCUUCUCCCCCUCUCCCCCUGUCCUUCUCCUCCCUUUCCCCCUGUCCUUCUCCUCCUUUCCCCCUGUCCUUCUCCUCCUUUCCCCCUGUCCUUCUCCCCCUCUCCCCCUAUCCUUCUCCUCCUUUCCCCCUGUCCUUCUCCCCCUCUCCCCUUGUCCGUCUCCUCCUUUCCCCCUGUCCUUCUCCCCCUCUCCCCCUGUCCUUCUCCUCCUUUCCCCCUGUCCUUCUCCCCCUCACCCCCUGUCCUUCUCCUUGUACCCUGUCCUUCUCCCCCUCUCCCCCUGUCCUUCUCCUCCUUUCCCCCUGUCCUUCUCCCCCUCUCCCCCUGUCCUUCUCCUCCUUUCCCCCUGUCCUUCACCACCUUUCACCCAGACCUUCUCCCCCUUUCCCCAUGUCCUUCUCCCCCUCUCCCCCUGUCCUUCUCCUCCCUUUCCCCCUGUCCUUCUCCUCCUUUCCCCCUGUCCUUCUCCUCCUUUCCCCCUGUCCUUCUCCCCCUCUCCCCCUAUCCUUCUCCUCCUUUCCCCCUGUCCUUCUCCCCCUCUCCCCUUGUCCGUCUCCUCCUUUCCCCCUGUCGUUCUCCCCCUCUCCCCCUGUCCUUCUCCUCCUUUCCCCCUGUCCUUCUCCCCCUCAUCCCCUGUCCUUCUCCUUGUACCCUGUCCUUCUCCCCCUCUCCCCCUGUCCUUCUCCUCCUUUCCCCCUGUCCUUCUCCCCCUCUCCCCCUGUCCUUCUCCUCCUUUCCCCCUGUCCUUCUCCCCCUCUCCCCUUGUCCGUCUCCUCCUUUCCCCCUGUCGUUCUCCCCCUCUCCCCCUGUCCUUCUCCUCCUUUCCCCCUGUCCUUCUCCCCCUCACCCCCUGUCCUUCUCCUUGUACCCUGUCCUUCUCCCCCUCUCCCCCUGUCCUUCUCCUCCUUUCCCCCUGUCCUUCUCCCCCUCUCCCCCUGUCCUUCUCCUUUCCCCCUGUCCUUCUCCCCCUCUCCCCCUAUCCUUCUUACUAAAGCUGAGCGGUACCCAAGCCCCUGCCUGCUCAUCGCUAUCAUGUUAUCUCAUUGCAUCCCUGUCCAACUUGGCAGUGUUGUUGAUGCUAUCACUUUAGAGGGUCAUGCUGAUGUCCUAUCCACCAAACCCCCAGCCUCCCCCACCCACCACCCUCUCCCCCACCCCGUCCCAUCCAGGCUGCAAACAUCCUUUCCCCCAGUCCUUCUCUCCCUUUCCUCCGAUUCUCAGCUCCCCCUCUCCCAUCCUUCACUCACUUUCCCCCAUGUCUUAAUCUCCCUUUCCCCCUGUCCUUCUCCCCCUUUCCCCCUGUUCUUCUCUCCCUUCAUUUGCCUUAUUCUCACCUCCCUUUCCCCCUGUCUUUCUCCCCUUCGCCCCCCUGCCCUUAUUUUAAUUUUGUAUGCUUUAUCCCCCUUCCUAGGGACGGAUGGUGGUCGCAAAGGCAGACACGUUGGGUAUGAAGGGAUUCACUUGGCAUGCGUCCUCUAA